GAUGCAUUGGUUCAAUUCAGUAACUUGAAAAGUUUUCACCAUAUUUGCCGGAAAUCGAUCUCUAAAUUACUCUCAAGAUACGUAUAAUUUCGCAAAAUGAUUACUGCGAUUAUUAGAUACGACAGUAGACCAUUCGAUACUCACCUCGCGAUGCUUAAAAAUUUAUAAACGCAAACGCAAGCGUAUGCCUGCCGUUUGAAAGGGGUAGUGGUGCUUCCCUUUGUAAGCAUUUCAUCACGCACAUUUGACCAAUCGAGCUUGAGCUUUCAGCCACUGGAAAAAGAAAAUGACGAAAACAAAAGAAGCAAAAGAUGAAAAAGGAAUAGAGAAGGAUUUGAAGCAAAGUUUAAGAUACGUGGAACCCUUUAUAAUGGCACUCGGUGCCUGGCCACUUCCUCCAGAAUCGUCGUUGUGCAUGAAGAUAUCACAACGGGUUAUUCGUUUCAUUAUUAUUUCCUUGGCGUUGUUCUUCGUCAGUCCAGGUUUUUACUACGUAUUCUUCAAGGAAAAAAGCAACAAAAGGAAACUGCAAAUAAUAACGACGUACAUCAACAGCUUCGUCCAGUUGAUCAAGUACAUUAUUAUAUUGUACAGGAUGAAAGAUAUAAGAAUACUAUCGGAGGAGAUAAGGAACGAUUGGCUACACAGCACAGAAGAAAAUCGACGACUCUUUCGUGAGAACGCGAAAAUCGGUGAAAGAGUGGUGUUCAUAGCGGCCUUCACUUUGUAUUCUGGUGGUUUCUGCUAUCGAACUAUUCUUCCACUUACAAGGAGCAGUAUUGUUUUACCGAAUAAUAUUACUAUACGAAUAUUACCCAGUCCAACGUACCUUCCAUUUAUCAACGAACAGAUCACUCCAUAUUAUGAGAUAAUUUUCGUAUUACAAGUUUUGAGUGGUUUUUGCAUCUACACAGUAUUCAGCGGAGCCAUUGGGAUCAUGAUGAUGAUAUGCUUGCAUACAUGCGGCUUAAUAAGGAUUUUAAUGGACAAAUUGGUGGAUCUCACCGACAAGUCGAAUACCAGCGAGGAAAUUAUUCAAGAGAAGAUGGCAAAUAUCGUCGAGUAUCAUGGGAAGAUCAAAAAAUUCUUAAGUAACGGACAACAGCUCUCCGAGUACAUUUCCUUUCUCGAGCUCUUUAACGGCGCGGGUAUUGUCUGUUUGAUAGGAUAUGCUGUCAUAAUGGAGUGGGAAAAUCUUAAUCCCGUCACUAUAGUGGUGUGCUUUACACUGCUAACAACUUUCACGUUCACCUGCUAUACGAUCUGUUCUAUUGGCCAACUUCUUCUCGACGAAAGUAAUAAUCUUGCACAAACGUGCGUCACGUUAAACUGGUACCGUCUCCCGAUGAAACAGGCUCGGUAUGUGGUACUAAUGAUGAUUAUGUCGAAUGAUCCGAUGAAAUUGACUGCGGUGAAAGUGAUGGAUGUAUCUUUAUCGACCUUUAGCGAUAUUAUGAAAGCGUCAAUGGGAUAUUUAAAUAUGCUACGGAACGUGACUUAAUGUCUUAUUAAUUUUGCACAAAACUUAUGAGGCGUAGUAUAGUGUCACUUAGAGAUCUUAUAGCAAUGAAUGCCGAGGUAUAUUUUUUAUUUUAGUUUGCUAGAUUUUACAGUUCCUGGACUACGUGUUUCCAGACACUUAUGCAAAUACCGAAAUUUCAAAAUUUCUUGUAUAAUAACUGCAUGUAAUAUAUUUCUGAAAGCUU